GUAGCCACUGAGAGUUUGUAGUUCACAACGAAGGCAUGUUAUUGUUCUAUCACCUCCUCUUCCUGUCCCUCCUCAGCCCGUCCUCUGCGGCGGCCGCCAGCGCCGGUUACGCGGAGGAGCACCGGGCCCUCCACUCCCUUAAGUCCGAGCUCUCCAACCCCGGCGCCGCCCUCGCCGCCUGGGACGCUGCCACCGACCACUGUUCCUGGCCAGGCGUCACCUGCGGCAGCAGCGGCGCCGUCGUCGCCCUCGACCUCUCUGGACGCAAUCUCUCCGGCCCCCUACCCCCCGCUGUCGGACGCCUCCGCUUCCUGCUCCGCCUCUCCGUCGCCGCCAACUUCCUUUCCGGUCCCAUCCCCCCGGAGUUGGCCCUACUUCCUGCCCUUCGCCACCUCAACCUCUCCAACAACCUCCUCAAUGGCUCCUUCCCUGCCGCCCUGGCCCGCCUCGCCGACCUCCGCCUCCUCGACCUCUACAACAACAACCUCACCGGGCCCCUCCCCCGGGAGGUGGCGGCCAUGACCCUUCUCCGCCACCUCCACCUCGGCGGCAACUUCUUCUCCGGCUCCAUCCCCCCGGAGUACGGCCACUGGCAGUACCUCGAGUACCUCGCCAUAUCCGGCAACGAGCUCAGCGGCCCCAUCCCCCGAGAGAUCGGCAACCUCUCCGCGCUCCGCGAGCUCUACAUCGGCUACUUCAACAGCUACGAUGGCGGCGUCCCGCCGGAGAUCGGCAACCUCUCCGCCCUGCUCCGCCUCGACGCCGCCAACUGCGGCCUUUCUGGCCGCAUCCCGUCCGAGAUGGGAAACCUUCGGAACCUCGACACCCUCUUCCUCCAGGUGAAUGGCCUCGCCGGGGAGAUCCCACCUGAGCUCGGCCGCCUCCGUAGCCUCAAGUCCAUGGACCUCUCGAACAAUGCCCUCACCGGCCAGAUUCCCCCGAGCUUCUCCGGGCUCAGCAACCUCACCCUGCUCAACCUCUUCCGCAACAAGCUAUUCGGCACCAUCCCAGAGUUCGUUGGCGACCUCCCCGAGCUCGAGGUGCUCCAGAUGUGGGAGAACAACUUCACUGGCAGCAUCCCUCGCCGACUCGGUACCAACGGCCAGCUUCAGCUCCUCGACCUUUCGUCAAACAAGCUCACGGGGUCCCUCCCCCCGGACCUCUGUUACGGUAACAAGCUCGAAACUUUGAUCGCUCUCGGCAACUUCCUCUUCGGCUCCAUACCGGAGUCACUCGGCCGCUGCGAAUCCUUGAGCCGCAUAAGAAUGGGGGACAACUACCUCAAUGGAAGCAUUCCGCAUGGCCUCUUUAGCUUGCCCAAUCUGUCUCAGGUGGAGUUCCAGGACAAUCUCCUCACCGGCGGAUUCCCGGACACCGGUGACUCUUCCAUCUCUCCCAGUCUCGGACAGAUUUGCCUCUCGAACAACCGGCUCGUCGGCCGUCUGCCUCCGUCCAUCGGAAACUUUUCCGGCCUUCAGAAGGUAUUGCUGAGCCAGAACUCGUUUUCCGGCAGCAUCCCACCGGAGGUGCGGAGGUUGCAGCAGCUCUCCAAGUUGGACUUCAGCCGCAAUCGGUUCUCCGGCCCGAUCACUCCGGAGAUCAGCAAGUGCAAGCUGCUGACGUUUGUCGAUCUCAGCAGGAACGAAAUCUCUGGCAAUGUUCCCUCGGAUAUAGCCGCGCUGCGGAUAUUGAAUUACCUCAACCUGUCGAGGAAUCACCUCGAGGGCCAAAUUCCGUCGGCCAUCUCGACAAUGCAGAGCCUGACGGCGGUGGAUUUCUCCUACAACAACCUCUCCGGCCUCGUCCCGAGCACCGGUCAGUUUAGCUACUUCAACGCCACGUCCUUCGUGGGCAACCCGGACCUCUGCGGCCCUUAUCUCGGCCCGUGCCGGCCUGGGAUAUCCAACGAAUCCCGUCCCUCCCGCGCCAAAGGCGCCCUCUCGGCCUCCUUCAAGCUCUUGCUCGUCGUCGGCCUUCUCAUCUGUUCCAUCGCCUUCGCCGUUGCGGCCAUCAUCAAAGCUCGGUCCUUGAAGAGGGCCAGCGAGGCCCGUGCGUGGAGGCUCACCGCGUUCCAGCGGCUGGACUUCACGUGCGACGACGUGCUAAAUUGCCUGAAGGAGGAGAACAUCAUAGGAAAAGGAGGGGCCGGGAUAGUCUUCAAAGGUGUCAUGCCCGACGGCGAACAGGUUGCCGUCAAGAGGCUUCCGGCGAUGAGCCGGGGAUCGCCGCACGACCACGGGUUCAGCGCGGAGAUACAGACUCUGGGGAGGAUCCGCCACCGGCACAUCGUGAGGCUGCUGGGUUUCUGCUCCAACCACGAGACCAAUCUCCUGGUGUACGAGUACAUGCCCAACGGGAGCCUCGGCGAGGUGCUCCACGGGAAGAAGGGCGGGCAUCUGCACUGGGUCACGAGGUCCAAGAUCGCGGUGGAGGCGGCCAAGGGUCUCUGCUACCUCCACCAUGAUUGCUCGCCGCUGAUCCUUCAUCGAGAUGUCAAGUCCAACAACAUCCUCUUGGAUUCCGACUUCGAAGCUCACGUGGCUGAUUUCGGACUCGCCAAGUUCUUACAGGACUCGGGCACUUCCGAGUGCAUGUCCGCCAUCGCCGGUUCUUAUGGCUACAUCGCUCCAGAGUAUGCUUACACCCUCAAGGUGGACGAGAAGAGCGAUGUGUACAGCUUUGGCGUGGUGCUCCUGGAGCUGGUGACCGGUAGGAAGCCGGUCGGUGAAUUCGGUGAUGGCGUCGACAUCGUGCAAUGGGUAAGGAAGAUGACGGGCUCCGACAAAGAGAAUGUGGCCAAGAUCUUGGACCCAAGGCUUCCGACUGCGCCCAUCCACGAGGUGAUGCAUGUGUUCUACGUCGCGAUGCUCUGCGUGGAGGAGCAGAGCGUGGGGCGGCCAACGAUGAGGGAAGUGGUGCAGAUGCUCACGGAGCUACCAAUUCCGUCGUUGAAGCAAGGGGAAGACUCUUCAAGUGGCAAUGUUACUGCACAACCACCGCCACCUAUUGUGGCUUCUGUGGACUCACCUGUCAAGGAAACCAGAGAGCAUCAACAACAACCAGCUUCACAUUCACCACCAUCAGAUCUGCUUAGCAAUUAAUACACUAGAAAUUAGGGUUUAGUCCCGUUUCUUGCUUCCAGUUGCUUGAUUUAUAGCCUUAAAAUAGGUGGUGUAAUUUGCCACAGCCCAUGUACAGUUGGAUUGUUGAGUUACUUUGCCUUAUUUAUUGUUCCAAGUCCUCUUCUAUUACUCUGCUGCUGCUGCUGCUGCUGCUGCCCACUUCCUGUGAGUCUGAUCUCACCAGAGCAGAGCAAACACUGAGGGGAACAGAGUCUUUGAUUUCUGCAACUGU